AUGGAGACUUUGGGACAGCUGAUGGAGGCGCUAGCCUUGUCGGAAGGCUGGACAAGGCGACCGGUGGCGGCUCGCCAUGGCUGCACAGCGCGGGAGCGGACGCAUGUGUUCGGUGGCCAGUAUUGUAGAAGGGCAAAGGUUAUGUUCAAGGAGCUUGAACUGAAGAAGGAUCCAUAUGUCGUCGAGCUUGAUCAGCGAGAGGAUGGUGGGGAAAUCCAGAACGCCUUAUCUGACAUGGUUGGGAGCCGUACUGUUCCUCAGGUUUUCAUCCGUGGAAAUCAUUUGGGAGGCUCUGAUGAUACUGCUGACGCAUAUGGAAGUGGCGAGAUGGCUAAACUUCUGAACAUCAGUGUCAAGGACGAUCUUUGAAUAUAAUUUUAGCACAAAUCUUGUCCUUCUUGUUGAGGUUACCAAUGCCUUGCAAUGCAACCCUGGAUUAUCUUUCUCGCAGAAACUAUCACUCGGACUCUGUCUUAUAAAAGUAUAAACUGUUUUAACCGUACUUUGUGGCGAUCCCUCGGUUGUUAUCUCGCACUGUGAUUGUUCGAUCGUUGCGUA